UGUGUGUGUGUGUGUGUGUGUGUGUGUGGAGGCCGGGGUAGCGGAGGAACGCGAGUGGUCUGCCCCGCUGGCUGGCGCGCGCCUGUGUGCGCGUGCGCGUGGGGCGCGGCGAGCGCGGCGACGACGGAGGGAGGGGAGAGGUGGCGGCAGGCCCAGCCCCCGGUCGCAGAGCCCGGGGCGGCUCCUCCGCUAGCCUGGGACCGCCGCACUCCUGCCGCUGCCACGCGCUGCUGUGACUCUCGGCCCGCGUCGCGCCUUCCCGCGCCUGCAGCCGACUGGGCUCUCUGUCCGCCCAGACGCCACUUCUCGGGGCUUUCGAUCUCGGUUGCGGAGGGAGAGGAAAUGAGUGCCGCGGAGGCUCCAGCGCCGGAGCGGGGUUGGAAGAGUGAGAAAGUGGACGAGGCUCAGGCCCUGGCGCGGAGUUGUGCAGCUCGCAGACCCGACUUUCAGCCGUGCGACGGGCUCUCCAUCUGUGCCACGCACAGCCAUGGCAAGUGCUUCAAGCUGCACUGGUGCUGCCACCUAGGAUGGUGUCACUGCAAAUACGUGUACCAGCCCAUGACCCCCGUGGAGCAGCUUCCGAGCACGGAGAUCCCUGCAGAGCCUCGGGAGCCCACAAACACCAUUCAGAUCUCAGUCUCCCUCACUGAACACUUUCUGAAGUUUGCAUCUGUCUUCCAGCCUCCACUCCCGCCUGAUUCACCAAGGUACUGUAUGAUCUCAGACCUCUUUAUUGACAACUAUCAGGUUAAAUGUAUUAAUGGGAAGAUGUGUUACGUGCAGAAGCAGCCGGCACCACAGUCCCACAAAAUGAGCCCUCAGGAGGUCUCUGCACACGAUGCCUUAAUUUCAAAAGAGAGCAAUACACCAAAAAUAGAUCACUGCUCUUCUCCCUCAAGUUCUGAGGACUCUGGGAUCAAUGCCAUCGGGGCUCACUAUGUGGAAUCGUGUGAUGAGGACACAGAAGAGGGAGCAGAACUGAGCUCAGAGGAAGAUUACAGUCCAGAGAGCAGCUGGGAACCGGACGAGUGCACCCUUCUGUCUCCGUCGCAGUCCGACCUGGAGGUGAUCGAAACGAUAGAAACCACCGUGUGAGAGUCGGGACAGGAGGCUGCGCCCUCUGGUCCAAGCUGAGCUUUUGUACUUUUGUUGGCUGGAUCAUUUUUCCAGUGCAGCUGGUAUUUUCUACCCCUAACAACCGUAGCAAUUCAGUGGUCUGCUGAUUAGCUUCCCUCUUAAAUUAGUGUUAUAACUCUGACAUUUGUUUUCUUUUAUAACUUGACUUAUUUUCUACGUAGCAUCUGGUGUCAUGAAUUGUGACCCAGCCUUAAUUUCACUGGGAACUUUGUAAGCGAUGAAGUGAUGAUCACAGACUAUAAUGGACCGAGUUGAGGAGCCACCCGAGUGAAGGAGACAGUGCUUUCUGAACGCCCAGUUCUUCACAGAAAAGCCUUGGCAUUCCUUCCGGCAUGCCGACAGGCACCCCUGUGGCCCUGCCAGCCCUGUGCGGGAGUGGGCUCCCCUGAGGGGGGCAGCCUGUGGCCUGGUAGAUGCCAUUCUGCCCCUUUCUGCUUCUCCACACCAUCUGCUUGGGUGGGCCAGUUGCCUGGCGUCUAGGAGGGUAAGGGGGUCCAGCUUGGCCACUACUUACGGCCAGUGUCUGAACAACCCACCAUCACCUGGGCUGCACUAGACCUUCAUUUACAAAGAGAUGACAUCUUCAGUUUCGUGCUCCAUCCAGCUCUCGCUGAGCCACCUCCGCUCUGCAGUGCGCUAUGGGGAAACAGAAUGAGUAAGACCUGGCUCCCUGCGUGAAGGGAACCAUAGUGCAGCAGUGGAGAGAACACAUGCAGGUGACAUUACCCAGAGUGCUCUGGGAACCCAGGGGAAGGAGAGCUGUUCUUGGCUUGUAGCUGGGGAAUGUGUUACAGCAUUUGAGCUGCUCUCCCGGGUGGGUUUCCUAACAUUUCCCUGCUUUUCUUAAUUGUUCUUGAAAUCCGAAAAAAAAAAAACCUUUUAGGAAGUUAUAUAGGUAUUAUAUUUAGGAGGCAGCCACAUCUGAUGUCUUAAGAAAGUAUCAGUAAUAGUUUUAGUUAGCCUGGAAAUGCUAAAGACAGCAGUCCUUUAGGGAUUAGGGAUUAGGAAUGAAUCUAAUAGGUUUGAUGAAUUUGCUUCAUUUGGUUAUAUGAAGCUUUAGAAUGGCUUGGGUGAGAAAUGGGUUAGAAUUCAGUAUGAUGCAUGUUUUUUUAUGCAAAUGCAAAAGCAGUUGAAAUAGUGCACUGCUGAGUCAGGAGAAAAUACUUUGUGUAAUAUUCACUCACUUUACUAUAGUAAUAUUCAUGGUCUGUUGUACAUGUUCUCUUUUCUCACACAUGCAAAAUAGUGAGUAAUUCUUAUUUAGCUCUCUUCAGAAUUCUACUCCUCAUCUCCAUUUACGCCAGGUGUUCUUGUGUGAGCUGGUUAUCUGCCAUUUCUCCAGAUCUCCUCUCCGUGAGACGUAGCUAAGAAUCCGGGAAAUUUAACAUAUGGCCUAGUGAAACUCGAACUGUCAAAGCUGGAGAUAGAGAAGUAGUUCUUACAGCCUGACUGUCCGUGAGUGUGCUCUUGCGGCGUUAUCUCGUGCUGUGUCACCACCAUGGCACCUCUCUUAUGUGCUACGUUAGUUUGUGUUUUAAAAAAUAAGAGGCCUAUUGUGUUCCUCUCUGAAGCCUCCACUUGGCUUCCCUCACAAAUCACUCUGGGCAGAAUCUGCUUUCCUAGUUGUAUGUGUAGUUCAAGUGAUUGGCUAGAACACUUUAUUAGGUUGAAGUGCCCAGAACACCCAUUGGGAUUAGAACGCAGAGUAUGCAUAUCCCUGCGAGAACAGUGUCCAUUAAAACUUUCUAUGCUGGGUGAGAAUGCAGCGUAAGGUUCCCACUCACUGAAAUGUACGGAUGCAACAAGUCAAACCAGUAAGGUGGUGAGAAGAGCUGCAGGAACAGGAGGGCCCAGGAGGCUUAGGGACAGACAUCGGCUGAGCCUGCGAGAGGCUCUCAGUGCCUCUGUGACUGCGUGGCCAGCUGCAGGCGAGCCCAGAAACCAUGCAGUCUGCCGCCGUGUUCGGGGCGGUGACAGCAACAUCAGGGCCCUGUCUGCACCCCCACCCGGUCCCAUUGGAUUCCCCAGUGUGUGCUCAAAGGCCCCCCCGCCCUCCCCGUGCUGUUCCUACCAGUUCUCUGCUCUGGGCCCACAUCCCUGUCCCUUACACGAACUGGACUCAACCACAAGGUCUUUAAAGCCAUGGAAAUACAUGGUCGCAGGGCCAUGGUUCUGAAGCUGGCUGUGUGGGGGUUGGGCCCUUUAUCAGUAAUAUCUGUAACUUUUAAAACUCCUGAACUGCCAUUCAGAGUAGCCACAAUUUUAAUGGAAUUUUUGGAUUUAAUAAUGGUUGAUAUCACUUUAAAUAUUUGCACAAUCUCUUUGUAAUUAAAAACUCACUAAGCUUUCCUUACUACUAUUUUAUAGAAUUGGAGAUGUUCCAUUGGAUUCUAAAUAUUAGAUGCUCCUGGAUCUCAAAAUAACCUUUUCUAAACAAGCACAAGCAACAAUUUCUUUUGUCCUAGCACUGUUGAUAUUAAUAAGUCUCUAGAAAAUCAUAUAUGAUCGAACCAGAAUUGUUUUUUUAUGCUUGCAUUCCAAAACAACUGAUAAGGAUAUAAAGACAUGUAGCCUCAACUUCAAUUCUAGGCCUGUUCUGUUCUAUAUUAUAUAAAAGAAUCUCUCUGUAAUCCUGAUACUAUAUUACUCAUUUGUAUAAGCAUAUUUAUAGGCACUUUAGAAAACAUUUAGACGUGCAUUGUAUCGUCGGACACAGUGGUGUUAAGUAGCCCUUGGUUCACACUCGUGCGUUGAGAGGCGAGGGCUUUCUCAUCCGCACCCGGUGGCGGUGGUGUGCUCGCCUGGAGCAGAGGCACGGGCUGUGUGGGGGGAGAGACGGCCUUCUCGGGCUUGCGUAGACACCUGGCUCCAUUCCCACUUUCUGAAAGUUGGUAUGAAGCUAUUAGGUAGAAGGUAGAAAAUAAGUGCUGUGUGGAACUUAGCUUUCUUAUUUAACCAAGAUUUACUUUAGAAUUUUCAGGUUUCAGAUAAUUCUGACUUUUCUGAGAAAUGACAAAGGAAUUAAAAUGCUUUGUGGUUGUAGUUAGUUGGUACAUUAACAAAUAAGGCUUUACCAUCAUAUCUAGAUAUAUUUUUUUAACCUUGUAAUUUUCAAUAUUCAAAAAGAGAAUUUGAGGGAAAUCCUGAAGAAAACAAGGUUGCUGUGUUAGAAAGGGAGAACUUGUAGUUUAUGGUACCACUACACAAAAUAAAAGACCACUCAAACCAGAGCCAAACUGGAAGUUGUCCAGAAGCACCUUUUGGAUUUGAUUUCAACUUGAGGGUGGGGUUUGAUUUUUUAACCUCCACUUCCUGGCCUGUUGGAUACAUCACACUUUUUUUGGAACUGAUCAUAACAACUCCUUUUAUGCAAAUUUCUCUAUUUGGGUAAUAGGAUGUAACCAGAUAAUGUAUAAAGCUGUCAAAAUAGCAGGUAUAUUUAGCAGUAUAAAUACUGCUAGGCAAGAAAAACGGCGUAGUAAGAUAAAAUAAUAUUUAUGCAGUUGGUUCUUGGUUAUUCCAUCUUGUUUGCAAAAUUUUAUUGAAACAUUUUGGCAUUUUGAAUGGGGAAAACAAAAAUGUUAACAGUCUUCUUUCCUGUUCCCCUCUCCAGAGGAGCUGUGAACCAAAAUCAAGGUGGCCAGUUGUGUUUUAGGCUUUUUAGUAAGUAACCCAUGGUUGGUGUGUUGCCCUUGAGGGGGAGCAGGAAGGGGGAGUUCCCCUCACGUUAUCGGGGCUGCGAUCCCAGGGAGGUCGGUGUUCCCCACGCCCAAGCAUAAGUACGAGAGCACUUCUCAAAACUAAUUUUGGAAUUAUGUACCUUUUAAAAAUUUUAUAUGUCACAGAUUCCUUUCAAUAUCACAGAUACCGAGAGUGGACUGUAUUCAAAAAGGGCCGUGUUUCUGUUGGUACUUUGAGUUCCUUUUUCUAUUAGGAUUGGCACGGCUGUCUCCUAACACUCUGAACAGGUCGGGAAGCAAAGCGUCACCAGAGGUUUUGGUGUUGAACUUCCAUAGUACUUUGUUCACACACACUUUUUUAGGCCGUUCAUACCUU